CAUGAGUGAUUUCUAAAGUAGAUAAUAUGUUACAUAAUCUUCAUAAAGACAAUAUACAUCAGGCACAAAAGAUAAUGUCAGAAGUAUCACUUAAGAUAGAGUUGAAUAAGUAAUCACUAGAGAAACACCAAAGGUCUAAGUAAAAUGAUUUGUUAUUUUAAGACAACCACUGUUGAAGUAGAGUAAAGAAGUGCAACAAAGAUUCCAAGAAUGUAAUCUUAAUAAAUCUUAAGAACUUAAACAUAAGGAUUCGUUGGGGGAUAAAGUUAUAUUUCAAAUAUGGCUGCAAUUCCAUAAGUUGGAUAUUAAGGCAAUUAUUCUGUUCAAUAGAAUUGUGUAGCUGCUUAAUCACUAUGCAUGAAUGUUAUUGUUGUUUCAAAAGAGGAAAUUGAAGCUCCUUGGAGAUUGGAAUGUGAAUAUCUCUAAUCUUUAAUUGCUGAAUUAGAAAAAAGAAAGGAAGUCUAAGUUGUUGAAAAAGUAGUUGAAAAAGAAAAAGUUGUAGUAGAUAACUCUAAAGUAGAUUUCUUAGAGGCUCAAUUAAGAUAAUUAAGAUCAGAAAAUGAUUAAUUAUAAAUGCAAUUAUAAUCCAUGAGAGGUGAAAUUUAAUUGAGAAGUUCUUAAACUGAAGACUUAGCUUCUAAAGAAAGAGAAUUUUUCAAUUUAAGAAUCAGAUUUGAAAGCCAAAUUAAAGAUCUUGAAGAUCAAAUUAGAAGAUUGUAGGAAGAAAAUGGUAAAUUAAGAAAAGAAAAUAAUGAAUUACUUAUUAAAUUAAGAGAUUAUGAAGUAUUUACAUACUCUAUUAAAUAAGACUAAAAUUGCUAUGUUGUCAUCAGAAAUUGAAAGAUUAGUUUAUUCUAAUAAAAUCAAAGAUGGAGAUCUUGAAGAUUGGAGACUUAGAUAUGAACAAUUGGAAUCUUAAGGACAAACAGUUAUCCAAGAAAAAGUGACAUAUUUAUCAUCUGAAGUGGAAGUUUGGAAAUAGAAAUUUAUUAAAGUCAAUCAUGAUUAUAAUGAAUGUUAAGAACAAUUAACCAUGUGUCAAGCUGAAUUAGAAGCACUUAGAAAAAGUUAAAAGAAGGUAUAUUAAUAAUCUUAAUUUUAAUAGGAAGUUGUUGUAUCAACAUCAAAAGUAGUAACUAGGACAGGUGGAACUACUACAACAUCUUCUAUGGGUUAAACAAGAGGAAGUAGAACUUAUGAGUAAUUUUAACCAUGAA